AUGACAAUCGUCGUUUUCCUUAUUGAUUCCAGUGCGUCAAUGGCGCAAAAAACUUACCAGGGCACGUCUGUGCUGGAUGUUGCGAGAUCAGUUGUGGAGAUGGUCCUGAAGCAAAGAGUUCGUGACGCAAGUGCUCGUGGCGACCGAUAUAUGCUGAUGACAUUUGAAGAAUUCCCAUUAAAUGUAAAGGUUCGUAAAAACUGA